UGCAGCGGCAGAAACAAGCAUGUAACAAUGAUAUAAGUUUCCUAAGCCAAUCAGUGGAUGCCUUAUCUAUGGAAAAACAAGAGUGGAUAAAACGAUUUGAAGCAGAAAAAGCACAAAAAGAACGUCUCCAAGACGACAUUUCUUCUGUUACAGAUAGUCUGACUGUAGCUACUGAGCAAGUCAGACAGCUCUUGAUAGAAAACGAGGCCUUAAAGAAACAAGUCGAACAGGUGUAUGGAGACCCGUUCAAGACAUCUGUGGUUGGGCCUGCCUCAUCAUCUCUUUCAGCCAUUAAAUCUCAGCUUCGUUCUUCCCAAGUCCAGGCACGCACUCUAAAAGCAACUCUGGAGCAAUUCUUACGGCUUGGUGAUGGCUCAGAAGACCAGUAUAUACCACAAGAUACACCUAAAGUGGACCCGUCUCCUCCACGACAUGAGAAUUCCUUGGAUAAUCUGGAACAGGUUCCAGAAAAGGUGAGCUCAGAACGUGAAGACACAGAGCCAGCUGAAAACGAUCUGGAUAUUCUUUUGAGAGAUUUGGUGCUUGAAAAGGAAUUGCUUCAGGCAGAAUAUAGCAAGAUGCCUGUCACAGGAGCCAAUACUCUUACACGUCGACGUAGAGAAGAGUUGGAGAGUCGACUAGACGAGGUUGAUUCACACAUGAGCAAGAUUAAGCUUAGGAUGAGAAAUAGAAACUCUGCGCAGAGAGAGAAUUUAUUAGGUUAAAAUAAAAUAGUAAAGUAAGGUGAAUUG